AUGCCAACUAAAAUACAGGAACCUUAUUUUCAAGGAUCUAUAGAUACCCUCUGUUACCGUAAAAUUAAAUACACAGGUUACUAUGGCACUUUCGUGCAUACUCCCCAGCUCGGAAAGCUGGAAGUUUUGAAUAGAACAUUGGUUGGAGUUGAUACAAAUGGCACGAUUGAUUUUAUAAUACCUAUCAACUCGGAAGAUGCAGAUAUUAAGGAGCUGAUUUUGAAACACUCAUCUAUUAAGGGGUUGAAUGAGAAUGAUGUCGAAAUUGUGGAUAUAUUCAACGAAGAAACACGCUUUUUCUUUCCGGGUUUUAUAGAUACACACAUACACGCUCCCCAAUUUCCCAACAAUGGUAUUUUUGGGAACUCAACAUUACUUGAUUGGUUAGAAACUUAUACAUUCCCCCUAGAAUCUUCAUGCAAAGAUUUGAAUAUAGCCAGAGAAAUUUAUACACAAUGUGUCAGGAGAACCCUAGGCUAUGGGACUACAACGGCGUCAUAUUAUGCAACAAUUCAUGCAAAAGCCACGAGCUUGUUAUCUGAUAUUGCACUUAUUCACGGCCAGCGUGCAUUUAUUGGGAAAGUUUGUAUGAACCGUUUUGCACCUCAUGAUUAUAUAGAGACGGAAGAUGAAUGCAAAGCUUCAACACUCCAAGUGAUUGAUUAUAUAGAAAGGAGGAAUCCUAAGGGAGAUUUGAUAAAGCCUGUUUUAACACCCAGGUUUGCCCCUUCUUGCACCGAAGAAAUGAUGCGGUGGUUAGGUAGUGUAAGAGAUAAAGGCGACUAUCAUUGUCAAACCCAUUUAAGUGAAAAUAACAAUGAAAUUCAGUGGGUUCAAGAACUGUUCCCCAAAUAUGACAAUUAUACAGACGUGUAUUAUAAAAACGGAUUGUUAAGCACCAAAACAACAUUAGCCCAUUGCAUUCAUUUAUCUGAUGAUGAAUUACUGAUUUUGCAGAAAACCGGUUCUGGUGUCUCACAUUGCCCAACUUCGAAUUCUUCAAUCACUUCAGGUGAGGCCAGAGUAAGAUGGCUGCUGGACAAUCAAAUUAACGUUAGUUUAGGUACUGAUUGUUCAGGUGGGUUUACUCCCUCAAUUUUGGAAGUUGCUAAACAUGCAUUGUUGGUUUCGAGACAUCUAGUAAUGAAAACUAAAAAUGAUGCUGAAAAAUUAACUCCUGCAGAGGUUUUAUACCUGGCAACAAUGGGUGGUGCUGAAGUAUUGAAAAUUAAUGAUAAAGUUGGUUGUUUUAAGAAAGGGCUAAAAUUUGAUGCACAACUAAUCAAUCUGAAUGCUAAAAAUUCUAAUAUUGAUAUCUUCCACUUCCAAAAGCCGAAAUGGGGUCAAUUCGAAACAGCUGAGUCAAUGAACAAGUUUAUCAAUUUGAUUGACAAGUGGCUAUUUAAUGGAGAUGAUAGAAACAUCGAAACUGUUUACGUUAAUGGUCGUACAGUUAUAAAUAAUGUAUAA